AUGACUUCGACUUCACAGAACAUUCGAAACUUAGAGAUGAAAGUAGGAGAAGGUGUUUUUGAGUAUUUUACAAGAGUUAUGUCUACUGCUAAUGAUAUGAGAAAUUGCGGAGAAGAUAUGUCGGAUGUCAAAAUUGUUGAGAAAAUACUUCGAAGUCUCACCGAUAAAUUCAACUUCGUAGUAUGCUCAAUUGAAGAAUUCAAGGACAUUGACCAAUUAACAGUCGAUGAAUUACAGGUAUUUUUGCUUGUACAUGAACAAAAGGUGAUUGAUAAGAGGAGUGAAGAGCAGGUUCUAUACCAAGGUAUGGACAAGGAAGAGGCAAAGGGACAUUUUAGAGAGGAAGAGGUUACUCUAGAGGACUGGAAAGAGGUAGAUCUUUUGUGA